AUGGUUAAAGCCAUCCUGCCCAGUGCUGCAAAACAGCUCCAGCUAAACAAGCUGGAUCAGUGCGGCUUGAGGUGUUUUUGGAAACCCUUGGUGUGUCCCAGUCCACUGAAUGGUGUCCCACAUCAUCUGGAACUUCCUGUGGCUGUUACCUGCUACUGGCUGAGGCACGCCCAUCCCCAACCAGACCAUCCUUUCCUGCAGGCCCUGCUACUAGGACUGGUGUAUGGAGAGCUCUGCAGACAGAGGAAGAGCCAGAGAGGGUUUAUAGAGGAGGGACCAGUGUUGGAGAGGCUGAGAGGGCUGAUUCAGAGAGGUGCUAGGAGUCUAGACCUGGGUGUGGCCCACGCCUACAGCCAAUGGCAGCGCUGCAUGAGGGAUGGCCUUGACCUGAACCAACUGCUGUGCUUCCCUCUACCUGAGCCUCAGUGUGCCUGGCUGUACAGGGGCACUCUGGUGCACCAGCUUGUGGACGAACUGAGAGGGGUGGUGACCCCAGAUUCUCUCCUGAUGGAAGACCCUUCCUCUGGGCAGCUGUACAGAGCCAUGCUGGAAGCCAUACUCAACUCCCAGGAAACUGAGACCACUGGACAACCUGACGGCCCCUCUGCAGAUUCUGGCGCUGGAGGAUGAAGAUUUUGAUGAUGAUGAUGAUGAUGAUGAUGAUGGAGUAGGUUGUAAUGAAUUCCCAAUGUCCCGCCACAAGAGGAAGGAAAGAUUCAUCAAAGCUCUGUUGAGUUAUAGAUAUAGGGACCACUAUAUAGGGACCACUAUAUAGGGACCACUAUAUAGGGACCACUAUAUAG